AUAUUCAUCAUUUUCCAUCUUAUUAAAAGGGUCAAGUUAAGGAAAUAAACAAAACAUAACCCAAUUUUGUAUUUCAAUCAAAAACCAAAACGUUAACCUUUUGUGAUAUUUGCUUUGUACAACCAUAUUGGUAUACUAAACCGUCAUAUGGCUGCCACCACCACCACCUGCAGCGGUUUCUUCAAUCUCCGAUCAUCCUCCUCCUCCUCCUCUAAUGGUUGCGGAGGAAAGCUUAAUUGGGUGGCUAUGUCGUUCAUCAACGGUGUAACCAUGGCAUUUUUUGCAUCUUUGAACCGUUGUUCUUGCAUCCGCAUAGCCACUGAAGAAGAAGACGGAGACGGAGACGAUGCUAACCCGUUGAUGUUCAACGAUGGUAAUCUCCGCCACGAUGGUGUCGAUUCAGUUACUGCAACCACCAGCAGGAGAAGGAACGGUAAAGGAAAGAAAAAUGGUAAGUGAUAUACUAUAUAAUCAGACUUUUUUAGAAUUCUGCUUAAUACAAAGCUUGUGUUAAUUUUGGAGAUCAAAAAUGAGUGUUCAUCAAUUAAUUGAGAAGCUGUAAUCUUCUUCCUUUGAUAUAUAUAUAUACAGAUAAAUAAAUAUGAAGAAUGGUUCAUGUGUAAUUCGUUUUAUUAUAUGAUGAUUAUCAAUAGCAUCAAAUUUAUGAGCUAGAGUGUGAUCAAAUUACAUAUCAAUUCUCAUAUUUGUAUCAAGUUAUGAAUUAUGGAUUCGGAUUGUACUGAAUAUUCAUUUUCAAA